AUACAGACUUUCACUACACGUUCUAGCAACUGAAACUGAGCUAAAGGUGUUUGUAAGAAUGGAAAAGGUUUUGUGUAAAGUCCACGACAGCGUCUGUAUGUUAAAAACCGGCGUAAAGGAUGGACCAAAUAAAGGCAAGAGCUUCUACGUCUGCGUUGACAAGGAAGGCUGUGAUUUCAGUCAGCAAACCAGCAUCUCACCUUCUCACUGCCUCCAUCAUGAAGAUUCAAUGGUGGAACUCCAGGCUCUCAACUACAGUCAGCAACAGCAGGGCUACAGGUUGUUCUACCGAUGUGUUACAGGUAAAAAAGCAGGCCAGAGAUGGUGUGGAAAUGUGCCCUGGACGGCACCAGAAAAAGAAAAGAGAAGCCUGCUAUCUGACUCGCAGUUACAGCACUCCUGUCUUCCACCUGUACGAAACCCCUUUAAGGCACCAAGCCAGACAGAGAAGGACUCUGAGUGGAGAAAGUUGCACCACGGUAGACAUGCGGAGAAAGAAGCAAGUCACAAGGCUGAAGGAAGAGAAAGUUAUCAGAAAGAAAAUGAGGGGAAACAAUGUGCAGGAGUGGAAGAAAAGGAGGAAGGUAAGCUCGGGACAUCGGAUACUUACCAAGGCAAAAAACUUCCACCAGGAAUGAAGUUAAAAAAGAGAGUUUCAAAUGAGGAGAGCAACAUUCCCAAAGAAAACAGUGUGGAAAAAAGAACAGAGAAGAUUCAAGAUGCUGAAGAGAAGCACACGGAGCAGGGAGAAGCAGAAAAGAGCAUUUCUACCUCCAGCAUCAAGACUCUUCAUUCUGAGAAAGUGAAUCAAACUGCACCAGUUUCUCACAAGAGCUUGCCCCAGCAACCAUCUAAUGGUGAAACCUCUCUGGUGAAAGAAACCAGUCAAACCCUAAAAAAGAGCCACUCUGAAUCUGCAUCCAGAGACUCUAGUGACAGCAGGAAUCCCACAUCUGACAAACCAACACAGUCAGUGUCCAUUCAACCCAGAAGUCCUAAAGACAACAAUGAUGAUGAUGAUGAUGAUGAUGUAGUGUUGGUGUCAGUGAAAACUGCUCCACAGAAAACUCCUCCUGUUUCCACUGUCCAAAAGACUCUGACCAACUUCCCAGGAUUCCAGCCAGCUUCUAAGAUCAGAAGUCCAGUGGAAAAUCCCAAAAGGCUCCAGAGCCUGCUCACUACUCAGCUCCAACAGAAAAAGGCCACGCUGUCUUCUGUGAAUAUGGAGGCCCUGCCAGAUAAAGGAGAGAGGUUGAAGACACAGGUUAAAGAGCUGGAGGAAGCGCUGGAGUCACUGAGCCUCACUGCUGCUUCUGAGCCUGAGUCUGAGGAAGUAUGUAGCAGCAGUGAUUCUGGCAUCAGCAGCACCCAGAUCAACCCAUUCAGUCGGCAGGGUGGGACCAUCCUGCUCCCGUCCCCUCCAGCCCCGGGUCCACACCACCAUCAGGCCUCUGGGAGCUCUCUGGGGCUCCAGCUGAGCCAGGGAUACACCCAGAUGUAUGGAGCAAACCCACAGGCACAGACAUUUUAUGGGGGCAGAAUGACCAACGACCGUCUGCUGGCGGUGAAAAAUGCCACCUGUGAGGCCAUCGACCAUCUCCACAAAUCAUUGGAGUCCUGUCCUGAUGCUGAAGCUGAGGCCCCUGACCCCAAGGGCAUCAAGGUGCCACUGCUGGCCCAUCAGAGGAGAGCUUUGGCCUGGUUGCUCUGGAGAGAAACGCAGAGUCCUUGUGGAGGAAUUCUGGCGGAUGACAUGGGUCUGGGGAAGACCUUGACCAUGAUUUCUCUGAUACUGGCCAUGAAAAGGAAGGCGAAGGAGGAUGAUGGAAAGAAGGAAGAGAAGAAGCUGGAGAGCUGGUUAUCCAAAACUGACUCCAGCUUAGCGGUGUCUAAAGGGACUCUUAUCAUCUGCCCUGCCUCACUGGUGCACCACUGGAAGAAGGAGAUUGACAGACAUGUCAGGACAGGCAAGCUGACGGUGUACCUGUACCACGGCCCGAACCGUGAGAGAAGUGCCAGAGUGCUGGCGGAUUACGAUGUGGUGGUGACCACCUACAGUCUAGUCUCCAAGGAGAUUCCAGCCCAGAAGGAGGAAGCUGAUAACCCCACCAAGGAAAACGAUGAUUUGCCGCCACGCUCAGCUCCUCUUCUCCGAGUGGCCUGGGCCCGCAUAAUUCUCGAUGAAGCCCACAACAUCAAAAACCCAAAGGUGCAGACCUCCAUGGCGGUCUGUCGGCUGAGGGCCGGAGCCCGUUGGGCUGUCACUGGUACACCCAUUCAGAACAACCUGCUGGACAUGUACUCGCUGCUCAAGUUUCUGCGUUGUUCACCGUUUGAUGAGUACAAACUGUGGAAAGAUCAGGUGGACAACGGCUCCAAGAGAGGCAGAGAGCGACUCAACAUCCUGACCAGGACUCUGCUGCUCCGACGAACCAAAGACCAGCUGGACUCCACAGGAAAACCACUGGUUUCUCUUCCUGAUCGGACUUGCAAGGUGCAUCAACUCAAACUUUGUGAGGAUGAGCAGGCUGUGUAUGAUGUGGUUUUUGCCCAGUCCAGAUCUACUCUGCAGAGCUACCUAAUGAGGCACAAAGGAAACAAUUUGACGAGGGGGAGCACAUCCAGUUCUAAUCCCUUUGAGAAAGUGGCCCAGGAGUUUGGCAUGUCCCAGGCUGAUCCUGCUCUGUCGAGCUCUCAGCAGCCUCAGCAGGCGUCCAGCACCGUCCACAUCCUGUCUUUGUUGCUGCGCCUCCGACAAUGCUGCUGUCACCUCUCGCUUCUUAAGAAGACACUGGACUCAUCGGAGCUGCAGGGUGAUGGGAUCGUCUUGUCUUUGGAGGAGCAGCUCAAUGCUCUCUCGCUCUCCUCCAGUCCCUCGCCAUCUGGUCCUGACCCCAAAGAUACCGUGGCCCUAAAUGGCACCCGCUUCGCCUCACAGCUGUUUGAGGACACCAGUGAAAGUACCAAGAUCUCUGCUAUCAUCUCUGAGCUAAAGGCGAUCAGACAGAAGAGUAAUGACCACAAGAGUGUGAUCGUGUCCCAGUGGACCAGCAUGCUCCAUAUUGUAGCAGUUCAUCUGCAGCGGAUGGGGUUAAGGUACGCCGUGAUCGAUGGGACCGUCAACCCUAAACGGCGCAUGGACCUGGUGGAAGAAUUCAACACUAACCCAAAAGGACCACAGGUGAUGCUGGUUUCUCUUUGUGCCGGAGGGGUCGGACUCAAUCUGAUUGGUGGGAAUCACCUGUUUCUCAUUGACAUGCACUGGAACCCAGCUUUGGAGGAUCAGGCCUGUGACCGAAUCUAUAGAGUGGGACAACAUAAAGAUGUCACCAUCCACAGGUUUGUGUGUGAAAACACAGUAGAGGAGAAGAUUUCCACACUGCAGGUGAAGAAGAAGGAGCUGGCACAGAAUGUCCUGUCAGGAACAGAAAACACCAUCUCUAAACUCUCGCUAGCUGAUCUUAAAAUCAUUUUUGGAGUCUGAGAGAGCUGCUCCAGCUGACCGACAGCUACCGACACAUAGGAUAUAACUUUGGAAAAUCUUAAAAUUUAAAAAAAAAUUGAUAAAACUGAGGUAAUAUAUUGCUGCAACAAGACUAAGAAUUUCCCUCCAACCACUUGAAGGCAUUGCAGCAAUGUUACACUAAACAGCAGAUUGGAGCUUUCUGUAAAACAUGAGGGUUUUUUUUCCUUUUGACUGCUUCAUCUGCAGAUAUUUAAAUGCCACAGCUAACACACAGUUGGACAGUAUUCUAAAAGUAUUUGUACAUCUUUCAAGAUUUUCUUACUGUAUUUUGUUAAAUUACAUAAUAUCUUUCUGUAUAUGUGUUGCUUCUUUUUCUGCCACCUGAUGGAGUUUAUGUUCUUUAAGGGUUUUUUUUUUUUUAUUAGUA